AUGUCGCGUGCCUUUGGAAAAGCUGGCCGCUCGGCCGGCGCAAAGGGUUUUGGGAUACCUGCGCGAGGGGGCUUCGGCGGCUUCUCCUCAUCAAACAGUAGCGGGUUGUCCUAUCUUGCCGAACCCCCCGACUUUUCCUCCCUUUCCGAUGCGAACGUCGUUGUUUCCUUCAAGAACACACUCAAGAAAGAUGCUACUACCAAGGCAAAGGCACUGGAGGAGCUUUUGGCCUAUGUGCAGGCUCAUCCGUACGAGAAGGAGGGGGGUACAGAAGAGGCAGUCUUGGAAGCAUGGGUACAAAUAUACCCUCGUAUUUCUAUAGACAAUUCGCGUCGCGUCCGCGAACUCUCUCACACCCUGCAGUUCGAGUUGAUGAAGUCAGCCCGGAAGCGCAUGGAAAGGCAUGUCCCCAAAGUAGUUGGUACCUGGUUGGCUGGCCUCUAUGAUAAGGACCGUGUGGUCUCGAGAGCGGCGAAUGAUGGGAUAUCCUCCUUCCUCAAUAGCCCGGAGAAGGUCGCAUUGUUCUGGAAGAAAUGCCAGUCUCAAAUUUUGGCAUAUGCGACCGAUGCUAUCCAGGAGACAAAGGAUACCUUAAGCGACGAGAGAUCAACCACACCCGACGACGCCGAGACAAAGUACCUUCGAGUCGUAGGGGCAAGUCUUUCUCUUGUUCUCGGCCUCCUCCAGAAGCUGGAGCCGGCCGAUAUCCAGAAGGAAGAGGAGGCAUACGACACCUUUUUUGCCGAGGACAAGGUCUGGAAGAGUGUAACUAUGGCCGACAAUUCAGUCAGAAAGACUGCCUGCCAGCUUCUGUGGAUAUGUCUGGACAAGAGAUUUGAUUCGGUGUCGUCUCAGAUCUCUCGGCUGAAGAAAAUCUUCAUCGUGGAGGGUUUGAAGAGCAGCCAAGUGGGUUCAGCUGUUGAAUACGUCCGGGUCCUCACAAAGCUCACCACCAAAUUCCCCGAAAUUUGGACCAGCUCUAGUGACAAGAAGACCCCGAUCUUUAGGUUGAAUGGCUUCUUGGAGAGAGGAUCUCAGGGCAGCUCUGCCAAAUACUGGGAAUGUCUGGAACAUCUCAUUGUGGCCAUCCCCGCUGAACACUUCACUGUAGAAGCCUCUACGGAUGCUUUGAAGUCGAUGAGAUCUGGUAUCACACACAGAGAAGAGCCACGUUUCAACGCACCUACUGCCUGGACAUGCUACGUCCAUGUAGCAAAGCACUUCCUGAAGAAUAUCUCCGAAGAUGGUCCUCGAACCAAGCUUGUCCAGGACCACUUGUUCCCCUUACUCGAGCACUUUCUCUUCCCAACUCCUGAAAACGCGGCCUGGGAGAUUGGCGGUGCUGGACGUCUGGGUGUCCUGAGCGAGGUUUUCGGUGUUGCCGCUGACUCUUCGUCUUCCGGCCUGAUCCAGGCGACCACCGAGAAACUGGAGAGUCUUUCAUCCGCAUUCUGCACCAGGAUAUCUAACUCUCUGCCGGAAGUCUCACAGGGUUACGAGAAGUCCCAAGAGGCAAUUGCUUCCGAGGGCGACCGAUGGUUCAAUCUUGUUGGUCAGGUCCAGACAAAGAGUAAGGCCUCUACAACUGGCCCAGCACAACUUCUGAUCGGCCCUUCCAAAGCUAUCAUUACUUGCUCUCUAAAUCUGCUGGCGAAUAGGAAUCUCAAGCCAUUCGGCGCAGCCGGAGUGCUAUAUAACGUUGGGAAAAGUGCCCCACGUCUUUGGGAAGACGCCGAAGCGGCCCAAUUAUUGGAGCAGUUCCUUUUGACACAGGGUCGGGAUCGUAUGGACGUCUUGAUGGCCUCUCGGUCGGCAUCGGACCUCCUAAGCUGUGUGUCUAUUCUAGGUUCCCUGGAGGGCCAGAAGACCGCUUACGCUUCUAUUUGGAAUACGUGGAUCGAUGCGUUGUUAACCUUGUCUGAUGAGACACUAGCAGUCAAGGGCAUUGAGAGACUGAUAGCAAACCGUAAUGCGUCAUCUCUUUCCAGAUCACAUGAGCAGCUCCAGAAGUUCCUGGAAGCAAAAUGUUCGAACGCCGCCCGCGGUGAGUCGGACACUUGGAGUCUUUUCGAGGCAGCCCUUGGCAACGAUGCCAUUACGGAGCCUACGGCGAAGCAGCUUGUCGACAACACCAUUGCACUAUUGGCGCAGGACAAGCAAAAUUCGACACAUGCUCUUCGGGCGUUGGAAAUUAUUUCCAAUAACAAACCAGGACUUCUCUCUCAAGACGAAUCAACCCAUAUGGCUGUUAUUGCUGAGCUACUCGGACUCGCUGAACUUGAUGACAAAGCAGUUUCUUCUCGUGCUACAUCUUUGAGAGCUCUACUGGAACAACCUGCAGACGGCACCUCGCCACUGGUUACAAUCAUACAAAGAAAUCUCGAAGACGCUGGGCCACAAUCACUCGGAAUUGAUACUCUCGUCCAGCAGGCUUUGCAGGCAUCUAAGACGGGGUCCGUGAGCUCAGAAGACUUGUUCCCUAGUACAAAUGUCUGGAUGCAGCAACUUUCGAGCUUUUUACAAGGGCCCCUCAACCCGUCUCUGUCGAUUACGAGCAGCUUGGGUGGUGCUCACUUUUUAGUUCAGCCCUCCGAACCGGCACAGCGCAUUCGGGUGCGCAGAGACCGAGAUGGAUACUCUAUCCCUGCUAGAAUGGCAGCAUAUACCUCCAAGCUGUUGUCGUCUGAUAUCUCGGUGUCAACACUGCCAGAGAGCUUCCAAGUUGAAUUGCUCUAUCUCCUUUGCGUCUCGAUCCAGAUGAUUUCCGAUCAAAUCACCCUAACGGACGAGAACAGGCUCUUUUUGAACCUGAAUGCUGGAGAUGCUUUGGCAGCUGCUGAAGACUUUGUGUCAUCCACAAGGGUGACCAUUAACGCCAUCGUAGAUGAAGCCAAAGGCUGGAGAGAGGGCUCAGAAGCCGGCUCAACGAAGUUGGUGAAUGGCCUUAUUGCUAUCAUGACUCAGGAAACGAAAGAUCUCACGCCCCUGGGUCUCUACAGCUCCAGAGCUCUGAGUGAGCUCCUCCAAACUCUCACCGAGAAGCAUGGCUUCCCCGCUGCUGGCGACGAAAAGAUUGCUCAGCUUGCCACUUUGAGGGCCACCCCGCAAACGAUCCUCUCGGCCACGGCAGUGCUUACCGGCUUUGGUGAGAGUCUGGAGUCAUCCAAGGCUAUUAACAACCUUUGCAACCGCCUUGUUAGUGACGUUGCCGGCGCAAGUAUAGAACCCGAGAAGGCCGAGAAGGCACUUAUGAUACUCGUGCUUCUCAAUGCCUGCCUGCAGAUUUACGAGGUCGGUGAGGUCCCUGUGGCCAACAACCGUAUUGUUUUCGCAGUCCGCCAAAUCACGUCCUGGCUGGAUGAUACCCUCAACCUCACCCCGGCGUUGUCCGCUGAGAUCUGCCGUGUGUUGCAGAGACUCCUCCCUCCCAUCAAGGAUGUCUACGGCCCACACUGGGAGAAGACAAUUGAGUUCUCCACUGCCCUCUGGGCGAAGGCGUCGGAUGACCGUCUCGAUGCGUCACUACCUUAUAUUCACACAUCAUUGAAGCUCAUGACAGCCUUGGAGACUCUGUCAGAGCCAAAUGACGACUUGGAAGACGCCUUGAAGGAGUUUGCAGAGACUAAGUCGCUGUCCCUCAUUGAGCUUCUCAAGUUGACACGUGAGAAGAGCACCCAACCGCUGGAGAUCGUGGAUGCUAUCAUUUGCAGACAAGUUAAGAAGAUUCCCCUGAAGCACAUCAGCGACCUCUCGGAUCUAUAUGGUCUUAUCGCCGCCGACUCUCGCUCAAUCCAGACUGCAGCCUUCAACAUUCUCCACCAUGCCUUGCCAGCGAGGCAGGAAGAGCUCUCAGUAAACGUGCUCCUUGAAAAGACCGAUGCCCGCCUUCCAGAUGAGCUCGUAUCUUUGCUCCUCGACGCCCCGACUCUUGAGCGCUACCCAGACGAAAUCCUUGCGCAGUUUCCCUUGGCAAUCCGCUCGUAUCUGCUUUCGUGGCACCUAAUCUUCGACGCUUUCAGCACAGCAUCGCUCAAGGUCCGUAACGACUACACCGAGCACCUCAAGACGGAGAACUACAUCUCACCGUUGCUGGACUUCACAUUUGACGUGCUUGGUCACUCUGCUGCGCACCCGCUCAACCUUGAACGCGAGGGCCUGACGGUGCAGCACAUUACGUCCUACGACCUCUCUCUUGCGGACGCCGAGUCCGAAGAGCGUAAUCUGCACUGGCUGCUUGUACAUCUGUACUAUCUCACCCUGAAGUACACGCCUGGCCUCUUCAAGAACUGGUACCUCGACUGCCGCUCCAAGCAGACGCGUAUCGCUGUCGAAGGAUGGAUGACGCGGUACUUCUCGCCCAUCAUCGUCUCGGACGCCCUCGACGAGGUCGCCGCGUGGGCCGCCUCUCAAGAGCCUCCCGCAGACGACGAUGAGAAGGAGCUUGUUGUCAAGGUCAGCAAGACGGGCAAGGAAAUCACGGCGGGCUACGAGGUCGACGAGAGCUUGGCAUCGAUCGCGGUCAAGGUGCCCCCGAGCUACCCCAUCGAAGGCGUCAGUGUCGUCGGCGUGAACCGGGUGGCUGUAAGCGAGAAGAAGUGGCAGAGUUGGCUCCUCACGACGCAGGGUGUUAUUACGUUUUCCAACGGAAGCAUCAUUGACGGCCUGUCCGCCUUCAAGCGCAACAUCGUCGGCGCGCUCAAGGGCCAGAGCGAGUGCGCCAUCUGCUACUCCAUCAUUUCGACGGACAAGAAGAUGCCGGACAAGCGGUGCCAGACCUGCAAGAACCUGUUCCACAGGACCUGUCUGUACAAGUGGUUCCAGAGCAGUAACCAGAAUACGUGCCCUCUGUGCCGUAACCCGAUCGAUUACCUGGGGGCGGACACCAAGGCGCGCAGGGGUUGA